AGUCCGCCGAACUUUUGUUAAAGUAUUUUACGUGUUAUUGCGACCUCCGUCCCCAGAAUAGCAAUGUCCUGCACAGCGGAGGAAAUCGCGGAGAAACGGCGCAUAGCUAUCGAACGAUUGAAUGCCCGCAAGAGCGCUAAUUCUGGUGCAAACAAACAGACGACGAGUCCAGCGCUUACCGCGAAAAGUGUGCAACCGCCUAUUGCUGCUGCCGCUGCUGCUCCAGUUGUCCCAAAGCCCAACAGUAAUGCCGUGCACGGAGUAGGCUCAUUCUAUGGACAGAAUGAAAACAGAAAUACGAUCGGGAAAGUCCCAGCACAACGGAAACCGCCUGUUCCGUACGCCAGACCACCGCAAACGCAGAAGAAAACACCAUCGAAGAUUGCACCGAUUUUCGUGCGGACCGUUACGUGUUCUUUGUCGUUGGUGUCUGAAGAGAGAUUCAUCGCGGACACGAAUGGGUACCAUGAGCAAAUGAUUGAAGUAUUCAAACAAAUUCCAUCUCGAUCUUAUGAACCUGCCUCAAAGAAAUGGUCCUUCGAGCUGAAGGAUUACAGCCUACUGCUGACGCGGUUGGCACCGCUGAAUCCCAAUGUCGUCAUCUGUCCGAUUCCGUCGUUCGUGAUGCGUGAAUUUUCAAGCGGAUCAAAACCCAAACCGAGUCACGUUUGCCUCAAUGCGAUCGAUCCGUCGCUCGUCAGCUCCCUGCUCAAGUUUCAGAAAGAAGGUGUCGCGUUUGCUAUUGAUAAAAGUGGUCGCGCACUGAUAGCGGAUGAGAUGGGUCUCGGUAAAACGUAUCAGGCGAUCGCGGUGGCGGAUUUCUACCAGCAGGACUGGCCCUUGCUAAUCUGUACGACAGCCACGACCCGUGACAGUUGGGCAGUAAAGUUCCGGCAACUGUUGCCCCACAUUCCGGCCCAGCGCAUAAUGGUGCUGAACAAUGGACAAGACUUUAUCGGUGAUUGCCGUGUGCUGAUCUCGAGCUACUCGCUAAUGGAGCGAUGUGGAGACAAGCUGCAGGAUCGCGGGUUCGGUAUGCUGAUCUUUGACGAGUCACAUACGCUAAAGAACUUCAAAGCAAAGUGCACCAACGUUGCCAUGGCGCUAAGUAAGAAAGCGAGGCGCAUCAUUCUACUCUCCGGUACUCCGGCCCUUUCGCGACCAGUCGAACUGUUCACCCAGCUGCAAAUGCUCGAUAGUCGGUUUUGUACCUUCAAGGAGUACAGCACACGAUACUGUGCGGGCAAGCAGAGUAGCUUCGGCUGGGAUGCCAGCGGUCAGUCGAACCUUACCGAGCUGAACAUACUGUUGGCACGUAAGUUCAUGGUACGUCGAACGAAGGACGAGGUGAUGUCGGAGCUAACGGAGAAAAAUCGUGAGACGGUCAUCCUGGAUCCCUCGUUCAUGUGGACUAACGACGACAUCGAGGACGACAUGAGUUGCUAUGCGAACGAUUACAGCCAAAGCAAGGGUCGCCAGCGAGAAGAUAUUCUGCUGAAGUACUACAGUAUGUCAGCGGAAGCAAAGGCGCCUGCUGUUUGUGCCUACUUGAAGCAAGUGUUAAAAGAGAACAAAAAAUUCAUCGUAUUUGCUCACCAUCAUUCCAUGCUUGAUGCGAUCGGCAAGUGUCUCACGAAGCAGAAGGUAGAUUUCAUACGAAUCGAUGGAUCAACUCGAUCGGAUUUGCGAACGCCUCUCGUCGACAGGUUUCAAACAAAGGAAUCCUGCCGCGCGGCGGUACUCUCUCUGAAAGCGUGUAAUGCAGGCAUUACACUCACUGCAGCGCAUUUAGUACUGUUUGCGGAGCUAGAUUGGAAUCCCAGCACACUGGCGCAGGCCGAAAGUCGCGCCCAUCGCAUCGGACAGAUGGAUAACGUUACGGUGCGCUAUCUGUUGGCUCACAAAACCGCCGACGACAUCAUCUGGGCAAUGUUGCAACGCAAGCAGGACAUCCUGACCAAAGUUGGGCUGUGCAACGAGGAUUUUUCCGAUGCUUCAAACGUACAGGCCCUAAGCGAUGCGGGUUCGAUCCUACCCUAUCUGGACGAGACGGUUUCACCGGCACGAAAGUCGAUCGGUCCGCUCGAUCAGUUUAUUCAGCGCUCACCAAAACCACCGACUCCGUUGAAAGUUAACCCUGGAGGAUCGGGAGAAGCACUUGUCGCCAAAGGUUCUUCUACCGUAUCUAAGUUCCUCGAUCACGAUGAAGAUGAUGAUGAACUUGCGAUGCUUGAACUGUAGGAUUUAUUGUAUCGGCCAUGUGUUGUGGAAUGAAUGUGAUUGAAUUUUUGUAUA